AACUCCAGCACGUGAAUCCUCAUCUUCCAACCACCCUCUUGUGUACAUCUCAAGCCAGCUUAGUUCCCAAUUCUCUGAAUUGAGUUCAUCCAUCCAUCAAAUAUGGCAGAUGAAUCAGUCGCAGAGGAUUCAGUCGAUACCAAGUCAACUCCCCGCAUCGAGUUGAAAAAAUAUUCCGAGAGUUCGGAUCACCGUGCCUUGGGAUUGCCGGAGCCCGUCCGUCGCUCACAGACAUUAAUCUACUACAUUGACAACGACAGAUGGUGGAUCACAGUGACGCUGCUAGGCCCUAUCGCUAAACUUCUUGGAAACCUUGGAAUACAGCAGCAGCAGCAGCAGCAGCAGCAGCAGCAGCAGCAGCAGCAGCAGCAGCAGCAAGAGCAGCAGCAAGCUCCGUACCGUGAACGACGCGAAUUCUUCCGAAGCUUCGUCCAACAACUUGAUUACAAGACACUUCCUCUCCUAGCCGACACCGUGACUGAGAUCAUACUGGGCGAUUAUGAGAAGGAUGAGAAUGAUGAGAACGAUGAGAACAAUGAGAAUAUCACAACGCCAGGACUAGAGGUUGAGGUCACAGUGGGCACUACCACGAACAUGACGGAUACAAAGGGCGAUGCCAUUCCGAUGUUCUUGAGAUGCAGAAUUCAAGAAGACCCUCUUAGAGUGGUCUAUCCAUCGUGCGACGAGUUUCCCUCCUUCCGCAAAUUCGACUAUGAGGAGCUUACGAAGGGUGCGAACAUUACGGACUAUGUAUACUGGGUCAGCAACGGUGGGGCUCAGUAUGUCCUCAAGAAGGUUGACCGUCUUAUUUACUGGCCCGACGAUACCGAAGUCAUUCGCAAGGAGCUGGAAAAUCUCGAGUAUUUCGCGGGGGUGCCGAAUAUUGCGCAGGCGGCGGGGGUCGCGGUAUCUAUGAACCCUUACCAGACAUCAACUACAGGCGAGAAACAACUGGUGAUACUUGGAAUCCUGCUCAAGGCAUAUCCUGGUGGAUCACGAAAGCAGGUCCUUGCGGAGCGUCGUGUCGCAGAGUACUGCUGGGAGAAAUGGGCUGUUCAAAUUGGAACUGCAUUGGAGUGCUUUCACAAGGCUAAAAAAACCCAUAUGGACCUAAAACCUUCGAAUAUUGUUCUCGAUAAUGAGGGGAAUGCAGUGUUUAUCGACAUUAGCGGUAUAGGAGGGUUCACUUGGGAGUGGUGUGCACCAGCAAUUUGUUAUGAAGGCAGAUCUUUGCCCUUUGAGUAUUCAUUUGAAGAGCGCCAAUUCAACGACAUUUGGGCUUAUGGGAAGAUUCUCUCUGAAAUUGCAUCACAGGCAGAAGAUGGCCCGUAUGCAAAGACGUUGCACCAGGUUGUGGACGCUUUGAUGGUGGAUGAUAUCGGGACACAAACGAGUUUGUCGAGUGCGCUAUCGCAGCUCAAGGGUGUUGAUAACCAGGCAUGA